AUGAGCACAACAAAAAAUAAAAGAACUGGACGUGCACAACAAAGAACUCUACCCGACCCAGCCCGACCCGAACAGACUCGUAACGACCCGACUCACCCCGACCAGACACGACCCAUCCUUGCCCAACCAAAACCGACCCGACUCCACCCGACCCGAUCCGACCCGACCCGACCUAACCCGACUCCACCCGAUCCGACCCAACCCGACUCCACCCGGCCCGACCCGACCAGACCCGACCCGACUACACCCGACCCGAUCCGACUCCACCCGACCAGACCCGACCCGACUACACCCGACCCGAUCCGACUCCACCCAACUCGACCCCACCCGACCCGACCCCACCCGACCCAACCCGACCGCGGAAUCUAA